CUGAUUUGCUUCGAAAUUGAUAGAAAUCCUACUAUUCUCAUUAGAUUUUUCUUGGUCGAGUCGAUUGUUGUGCAAAUGCUAAAGUGAAGCUGAAAUAGGGGGCGGAUGGCUGUUGUAUACAUGUAAGUGACUAGCAGUCUCUUGUAAUCAUGGCUAUGUCAAAGGGAUUUAAGGUCCUAGAGAAAUCCGCUCCGCCAAACCCGUACAGUAUAAUCCUACAACAUAGAAAUAAAGACUCAGCGCUUCUCUUCGAGUCUCAAGCUGUGGUUUCGCUGUCGUCCCAAGAAACAGAAACAUUGCGAAAACAAUAUCAUAAAAUAGCGGAUGCCUAUGGAGUACUAGGUGUCUUGCAAUUAAAUUCUGGCGAGAAUUGUUUGCUGUACCUGGUUCUUGUAACGGGAUGUUGCUCAAUCGGUAAGAUUGGAGAUGUUGAAGUGUUUAAAAUUACUCAGACCCAAUUUCUGCCACUGUUUUACCAAACACAAGGCGAGGACAAAGUUUCGGAAGUCAGGAAGUUGGUCAACUCUGGGACUUUUUACUUUUCUUGGAAUUCUGGUAAAACUCCUAAUCUUUUUGAUCUCACUUUAUGUGCUCAGCGUAAAAGUAAGGGAGCCAGCCCAGAUAACAGGUUCUUUUGGAAUAGAACCUUAUUUAUACAUUUAAUAAGGUAUGGAAUAGACUGUGAAGAGUGGUUGACCAGAGCUAUGUGUGGUUCAGUGGAAAUCAGGACCAUUUAUGUUGGUCAUAGACAAGCAAGAGCUGUAUUGGUCUCCCGACUCAGCUGUGAGCGUGCUGGAACAAGAUUCAAUGUUAGAGGCUGCAAUGAUGAUGGAAAUGUUGCCAAUUUUGUGGAAACAGAGCAAGCUAUUUAUAUUGAUGAUUCAGUAGCUUCUUAUAUACAGACAAGAGGCUCAGUACCCCUAUUUUGGGAACAACCUGGCAUACAGGUGGGAUCACACAAAGUGAAGAUGUCACGAGGAUAUGAUGCAUCUACUAGUGCUUGUGAUAGACAUUUCUCUCAGUUGAAGCGUAACUAUGGCUCUUUAAUAGUUGUAAACUUACUGGGCUCUAGUUUAAUUGGAGGAAGUGAAGGUGAAGCUACUCUGAGCAAUGCAUUUCAGAAACAUUUGAAUGAUUCUGCUCACAAUGAUGUAGUUCAAAUUAUCUUUGAUUAUCACCAAGAAGUCAGAGCUUCUUCUAUAGAAACAGCAUUAGCGAAAUUUAGGAAAAUCAUUGAAAAGCAUUAUGAUGAUAUAAGUAUUUUUAGUGCUAAAAGUUCAGACAUCUACAAUAUUCAAAAAGGAGUGAUAAGAACCAAUUGCUUAGAUUGUUUGGACAGAACCAAUUCUAUACAAACAUUUAUAGGGUUAGAAAUGUUGGCUAUUCAGUUAAUGCUUCUGCAAUGUAUUGACAAAAAACAAAAUGUCAACAGAUUUGAGGAAGUUUUUAAACAAAUGUGGGUCAAUAAUGGUAAUGAAAUAUCCAAAAUAUAUGCAGGCACUGGUGCCAUCCAAGGAGGCUCUAAACUUAUUGAUGGUGCAAGGUCUGCAGCUCGUACAAUUCAAAAUAACUUACUAGACAAUUCCAAGCAAGAGGCUAUUGAUAUUCUGCUUUUAGGAUCUACUUUGAACUCUGAACUUGCUGAUCGUUCGAGAAUACUAUUACCAUCUAACUUAUUGCACACAUCAACACCAGUGCUCAGGGAAAUGUGUCGCAGAGCAAAUGAGUUUACACAGCCAACUCCUAUCCGAAUCACAAUUGGUACAUACAAUGUAAAUGGAGGAAAACAUUUCAGAAGUCUUGCAUACAAAGAUGUAUCAUUAGCUGAUUGGUUACUGGAUUGCCCUAAUUCAGCAUUAGUGAACACUGUCAACUUAAAGGAACAUCCCUCCGAUAUAUUUGCUAUUGGCUUUGAAGAAAUUGUGGACUUAAAUGCUAGCAAUAUCAUGGCAGCUAGUUCUGAUAAUGCUAAAGCAUGGAGCGAAGAAUUGGAAAAAGUACUUUGCAGGGAUGCUCCAUAUACUUUGCUAUCAAGUCAUCAAUUAGUAGGUGUAUGCCUUUUUAUAUUUGUAAGGAAAGAUCUGAUUCCCCAUAUCAGAGAUGUUGCCCUUGAUUCAGUAAAAACGGGUCUUGGUGGGACAACUGGAAACAAAGGAUCUGUUGGAAUUAGAAUGGUCCUCUAUGGGACGUCGCUAUGUUUUGUUUGUGCGCAUUUCGCCGCUGGUCAGUCUCAGGUUACAGAGCGUAAUGCUGAUUACACUGAGAUAACACGAAAAACUGCCUUCCCAAUGGGUCGCUCCCUUUACUCCCAUGAUUAUGUGUUCUGGUGUGGUGAUUUCAAUUACCGAGUCGACCUAGAUAAAGACGAAAUACGCCUGCUAGUGUCACAAAACAAUUUACAACGAAUUUUAGACCACGAUCAAUUAUUACAACAAAAAGACCAAGGUUUAGUGUUCAAAAACUGCUUUGAGGGAGAAAUAACUUUUCCACCUACAUAUAAAUAUGAUUUGUUUAGCGAUGACUACGAUACGAGCGAAAAGUGUAGGGCACCUGCUUGGACCGAUCGAGUUUUGUGGAGAAGCAGGAAAUAUACGAUUGACCCAGAGGGCACCUCGGAAUUAGCUGCUGGAAAAUUGCUUCAUUAUGGCCGCGCCGAACUCAAACAAAGCGACCACCGACCAGUUAUCGCAAUAUUAGAAAUCGAAGUUCUGCAGGUUAGCUAUACAAAAUGCAUGGAGGUAUUUUAUGAAGUAGUAAAGGACCUUGGACCUCCUGAUGCUAGCAUAAUUGUGCAGCCAUUUGAAGGAUACAAUAGUGAGGAGUCCGCUUUUGAUGACAAUGUUGUGGCAGCUGUAUUGCAGGAAUUGUCUACCAUCGGUGAAGUAACAUUAGUUCGGUUCAUUGAUGAUACUGCUUUAAGUAUUACUUUUAGGGAAGGGCAAAAUGCUUUGGCAGCUGCACAGAAGGGACAGAUAUAUGCUUGUUCAAUUCCCUUACAAAUAACUUUAAAAACCCCUAAUUGGAUCGAUAUCGUGAGGGCUGAAAUAAAUUUGUGUUCCAACAACACGGUCCCGUUGUCGGGAGAAGCACAACCAGAGAGGCCUCUUAGGUCGGCACCGCCAACUCCUCGCAGACAGCAGCCCAGCAGACCACCGGCACCAUCACCGACUCCCCUGGUACCAUCCAGAGCGCCUGCAAUCAGUCCAGCGCGACCACCGCCCCCGCGUCCAGCUCCUCUUACGCCUGACGCAGGUAAGGCUACAACACAGCCUCCGAUCGCGUCACCUCCAGCAGACAGCGUGCCGCCCCCUACGUGUGCCCCUCCACCCCUCCCCCCUCCGGAAAGCAGCACUCCCCCUCCAGCUGGGCCGCCCCCACCUGUCCCUGCUAGGCAAGGUGCACCGCCACCACUGCCAGCGCGCCCUCGACCAGCAUAAUCAACGUAAAUAUAUCUUACGUGACUUACAUGUAAUUUAGAAAUAUUGUGUACCUACAAGCCAAUGUACACUUAUGUAUAUUUUGUGUUACCUUCAUUUAUUUAUGCAACACUAAUCUCCUAACAGUUACUAAUAAUUGUUAAUUUAAAAACUACUCCAAAAUAGUAA